AACAGUAACUUUCCAUUCUCCUCUUCCUUUAUUUCCUGGCAAUUACUUCUAAAUGUUAUUUUACAGCAAAAAAAAAUGUUGGCUUUUACACUGGAUUAAGAACCAAAAAUUAUAAUUAUGUGAAAGAGAAGAAGGGAGACAGAGGCCAAUUUGGAACCAGCUGUGCAGUACUUAGAAGAUUCUGGGAGUGUGCUCUGUGUGUGUGUGUAUAUAUGUGUGUGUGUGUGUGUGUGUGUCUUUAAAAGAUUCCCCACUUCCCCGCCCUCCUCCUUACAGUGUGUCACUGUGUUUCUCUGACCUCAGGUUUCCUCCGUCCCCAAGACUAGCUAGCAUGGCCAACUUUCUUUGUAGUCUUGCAAGCAGGUUUGUUGCCAUGGAAUCCAUACUCUGAGAAGGAUUGAGAAGCAUAAAGGUAAAGGUAAUCAUUUGUUUAUACUGUUGCUCUUCUUCUGGAAAAGCCUGACUGGUAGGAUUCCUUUAAGAGCUCAGCCCCGAAGUGAUUUAUUCCAUCACUUUACCUACUUGAAAAGCAAGACUCAGGGACACCUUGUGGAAGGGACGCCUGUUGGGCUCUAUCUUCCUACAAAUGUCUAAUCCUAGAGCUAACGUCGUGAGCAAUGGGACUCUCCCCAACCGCAAGAAACAGAGCAACACUUCUCAAGAUGAAAAGCAUACGAGUAAUGGGGUAGUGAAAGAAAGACAGCAAAAUGGAAACUCACAUUGUUAUGCAAAGACUAUUGUUGAAUCCUUCGAGGAACCGCCUCUUCCUACUUUGGUUACCACAUACAUGGGAUAUGGAAUUGCAACCCUGUUUGGCUAUUUCAGAGACUUUUUGAGAAACUCAGGACUAGAAAAAUGCAAUGCAGCUGUAGAGCGAGAAGAACAAAAACAUUUUGUACCACUGUACCAAGACUUUGAGAAUUUUUAUAAGCGGAACCUUUACAUGAGAAUCAGAGACAACUGGAGCCGAUCCAUCUGCAGUGCCCCAGGGCCUCUUUUCGAUGUGAUGGAAAGGGUGUCAGAUGACUAUAACUGGACGUUCAGGUUUACUGGAAAUAUCAUCAAAGAUGUCAUCAACAUAGGCUCCUAUAACUUCCUUGGACUUGCAGACAAGUAUGAUGAGUCUAUGAGGACAGUAAAAGAGGUUUUAGAAACAUAUGGCACAGGUGUAGCCAGCACCAGACAAGAAAUGGGUACCCUGGAUAAGCAUAAAGAGUUGGAGGAUCUCUUGGCCAAGUUUCUGAAUGUAGAAGCAGCAAUGACCUUUGGGAUGGGAUUCGCAACAAACUCAACAAACAUCCCUGUACUAGUUGGGAAGGGAUGCCUCAUUUUCAGUGAUGAGCUGAACCACACCUCUAUUGUCCUUGGGGCCCGACUCUCAGGCGCAACCAUAAGGACCUUCAAACACAACAAUAUGCAAUGCCUAGAGAACCUCCUGAGAGAUGCUAUCAUCUAUGGCCAACCUCGAACACACAGAGCUUGGAAAAAGAUUCUCAUCCUGGUGGAGGGCAUCUACAGCAUGGAAGGUUCCAUUGUGAAUCUACCUGAGAUUGUGGCUCUAAAGAAGAAAUACAAGGCCUACCUCUACAUAGAUGAAGCACACAGUAUUGGGUCUGUGGGCCCAACUGGCCGGGGUGUCAGAGAAUACUUUGGUCUAAACCCUGAAGACAUCGAUGUGUACAUGGGCACAUUCACCAAAAGUUUUGGAGCCUCGGGAGGUUACAUAGCUGGAAAAAAGGAUCUUGUGGAUUAUUUACGGUUUAACUCACAUAGUGCUGCUUAUGCUGUAUCCAUGAGCCCCCCAGUAGCAGAGCAAAUCAUCAGAUCACUGAAAUUACUCAUGGGACUGGAUGGGACUACACAAGGGUUGCAGAGACUACAACAGCUUGUAGCAAACACAAAAUACUUCAGACAGACACUGAAGAAAAUGGGAUUCAUUAUCUAUGGCAACGAUGACUCUCCUGUUGUUCCCAUGCUCCUUUACCAGCCUUGUAAAGUAGCGGCUUUUGCAAGGCAUAUGUUAGAGAGAAAAAUUGGGGUGGUGGUCGUUGGAUUUCCAGCCACUCCACUUGCAGAAGCUCGGGCUCGGUUCUGUUUAUCAGCAGUACAUACUCGGCAGAUGUUAGACACAGUUUUGGAAGCCAUUAAUGAAUUGGGUGAUCUCCUGGCUUUGAAAUAUUCCCGGCAAAGGAAGUCAUAAUGCCCUGUACUCUGAUGGAACCAGCUUUGAACUUGACGAAUAAGCUUCCUGGUCCUGAAUGAAACAUGAAGACUUUGCCAGAGAGAUCUCCCUCUUCACCUCAGAAAGCAUAUAGAUGGAAUUCUCCCCCUUUCUAGGGACAAUUUGUUUUGAGGCCAGCUUAAUUGAACUGAUGGAGACAUUGUGUUUUUUAUGUCUCCAACUUGCAACUUCAGAAACAAAAUUACAGUUAUUAAGUUUCUCCCCUCCCAAGAAGAUGCCAGAAAUGCAUGGACCCAGGCACCAGGCACAUGCAGGCACACACACACAUACACACACACACACACACACACUUCUUAGAAUGUUUUUGAUGGCAGUGAGCCUGUUUUAGCUGCUACUAUGUAGCCUCACUGAUCCAGACCCUUGCAGGGGUUCUAGCGAAAUAUGAGGAUUUUGAUUGUUACAAUAAUGGCACUGUGAGUGUACUUAUUUGAUCAGCAGACAUGGAUAAGAAUGGUGGAGAGUAGCUGACUUUCCUGUUCCACUUAUAAAAGUACCAGCUACAGUUCAUCUGCAUCACAAGAAGUUCCAGGCAGGAGGGUAAAGAAAUGCUGCUUCUACCGUUUGUCACAUUUGAACUUUUUCCAAGGACAAGUGUCAAAAGACACAGUUAAUGUUUCCAGGGAGAAAGCAGAACUGGCCAGCAGUGGGUAGAGAAGGAAACUUUCCUUUUCCUCUUGCUGUUCUCCUACAGUUUUACAGCUGACCCUUUGAAGUUGGAAAAUCCAAGACUCUUGUUUCAUAAAGCAGGAGGCAGAAAGCAAGCAUAAGCCAAUUCCAGGCCUAGAUUAAAACUGUAAAAUUAUAACUUGAACGUUGUUGGUGCCAUGCAGAGUGAAUGUUUAGUAUGCAUGGCUUUAGUGACUUUAAGGAAUGAGUUGCCAUUUGCCUACUGAAUUUUGAGUAAAUGAUGAGGCUCAAUUUCCUUUAGAACCAACUCCCAAGGGUACACUUGAAGACUGUUUUGAUUCAAGAAGGACAUUUAUAAACAAUUCUGUCUCUUUCAAGGCUGGCAUGCCCAUUCAGACACAUUACUAUCACUUUGGCAAAAAUUCUAAGAUGUCUGCAAAACAGGCUAGCAUACUUUUGGGCAACUAAUUGUAAUUUAUCUGCUCUCUCUCUCUUCCUCUUCCUCUCUCUCUCCCUCUCUCUCUCUCCCUCUCCCUCCCUCUCUUUCUCUCCCUCUCCCUCUCCCUCCCUUCCUCUCCCUCUACCUCCCUCUCUCCCUCUCCCUCUCUCCUUCUCUCUCUCCCUCUCUCUCUCCCCCACUCACACACGCACCAUGAAUACAAACCUCUGAAAAAUUAGUCCUUUGCUAAUUGGAUCUAGUUGGUAUGGAAAAAGCCAGUGGAAACCCUUAUCUUUAACAAGCUCCCAGAUGGUGCCCAGAUUUGGAAACUCUAAAGAGCAGUGGUGACCUUUUAGCCAAGCUUCUGUAACAGUUCGAAUGAGUUACAGAACAUUCCACUCCAUCAAAUGACACUGUAAACAAAUCACUUCAAGAGAGGUUUGGCUUUGUGUGACACAGAUGGGCCCAAGCUUUCAUGCUGUGCACUGAGAUAGAAAUUCAACCCGCGGGCCAGUGUCGAUGGAGCAACACGCCCUGGUGCUCAGAGCUCGUCCAAGGAAAAAGGUGAUCAGCAUGGAAAGCUUUUCAUAAAUCACAACCCUUUGUGAGUACAAUAAGUUUAGAGGUGAAUUCCAGUGAUAAAGUUCCUUAUGUACAAUUAAGAACUAAAGAAAUACAGUUAGAACAGGAGGAAAAGAAAUGAGUUGCCCCCUGCAAUGUCUGACUUUGAUAGCAAGGUACCAACUCUCCUCAACUAGUGCAGCCUUACUGGUGCAAAGAAAGCAAAUGCCAUAUAAAUGUCCUGAGAAACAAAAGCAUAUAGUUCUUUUCUCUUUAAUAUAAGUACUUAAAUGAAAUUGUUACUGGCUGAUUAUUGAAAAUCCAUUAAUAUCUCCUGCAGGAGAAACAGAAGGUAAAGAGGGCGGCAAGAUAUGUGAGCCUUCCCCAAGAUACAGAAAGCAACAAACACUUCUCAUCUUUUCUGGAUUUGUCUGUGAUCUUCACACACACACACACACGCACGCACGCACGCACACACACACUCUUUGAGUUUUAAGCCACUAGAUGGACAAGUGUCUUCCUGAGCAGGAAUGUCUACCCUUCUACUUUCAUGCAGGAACUUGAAUCUAAUUCAUCAUGGGGAGCAAAUUACUUACCCAGCUGGCAUGUGGAGCAUGGAGGAGGUUAGUCCUUUUCCAUCAAGAUCCAAGAUCCUUGUGGAAAUAUUUUCUAUUUCUGUGUACAAGAGAUCUAUUUCUGUCAGAGAGUCUGCAGUGGAGAUACCCCAUGUAUGAGAACAGCUGUGAUCCAAGUGGAAUGCCUCCCAAAUACGUUAAGACAAAUCCUGGUUCCAUAGAGCUCUCACCAGAAGAGUAUAUGUCAUAUAGAAUGAGCUUGGUUAAGAGGGUAAUUAUGAAGAAUAAGAAUUUUUUAUUCUACUGCUAGGUUUAUAAGACCAUAAUUUCAAUUCAGUAGGGACACAGUCUUAAUAUCAGAGCUUAGUCUGGUGAUAAAGGGAAUUUUUCUACCAGAAAUAUAACGUUACAUAUCCCAUCCUGCCUAUUCACACACAAACACACACACACAUACACUAUUUUUUACAGAAGAGGUGUGUAAAGAUUGGAGAUAAGAAUCUGAUUGGGUGAGAGAGAGAGAUGGAAGAUGUUCUAGAAAGCAACAUUCGGGGAAGAAAAAGAUAAAGGUUCUGAUUGGUAUUUGUAGGAAUGAUACAUCUGCAUAAGAAGAAAAUGGCAUACACUCAUGACUAAUCUUCAUUAGGAAUGAAGGUGACAUGGAUAUUUAGCUGUAUUACUCUUUAUUAUGUUUGGUUUGACUGAGACUACCAGCUUCAGAAUUUACUAGGAACCUUGUUAACAUGCAGAUCUCUGGGCCUCAUACCACACCUCCAUUCAAUCAAACCAUAGUGGUGCCCAGCAAAAUACAAUUUAACAAGCUUUCUAAUGCAUACCAGAAUUCGAGAAUCAUUAUUGGAGCUCUUAGUAGACCCAUUGGCUCUAAUAACAUAGCAGGAACUUUCUUUUGAUUUUCUGCUGACAUUUUAGGAUGCUAAUACUGGUAAAGUGAAGUGAAUUUAUUCUAUGGGCACCCUUCUCUCUUCAAUGGGAUAUUUCUUUCCCAUUUUCUUCAACUCCUCUCUCUCUCUGCAAGAAUGGGUCAACCCAAUAUUGAAGAAUAAUCUGCCAUACAUUUGAUCAAAAUUCCUUCUCCAGUUCUCUCCUGCAUCAUUCCUUAAGAGAUGCCUCUUUUGCUUUUUAUCACCUUAUGCCUUUCAAUAUGAUGUCUUUUUUCUCCUUUUUCUUCCUAUUUCCAGAAAAAAACUUCAAUCUCUCAUUAUUUAUUCCAACAAUAACGCCUCAGGAGGGUGAAAUCCUUAACAGUUCUGCAAACAUGCAAUGUUUCCAUGUAUUUUUCUUCAGAAAAUGGAAAUAUAUAUAAAUGGCUUACUCUGGUUAAAAAAAUCAAAGUUCUGAUGAUGAAACCUAGGCUCAAAUAUAAACUGUGACUUAUAACAAUAAUAAUUUAAUAAAAGCAAUGAGAACAUGA